UUAUACGUGCCCUCUGCCGUUGAAAACGCGCUUUUUCUCCUCACGUUCCUUGUUUCCUCUUCUAUUCUCCUCCCUUUCAAUUCUUUCCUCUCUCUCUCUUACAAGAAUCCCAAACCAAAAACAAAAAAAAACAAAAGCAGAGACCAAAACCAAAGGCAAAGCCAUUAAUUCCACCUCCCCGAAACUACAGUAACGACAUUCUCUUGGCAUAAGAUAAAUAAAAGGACAAUCUUUCCUUUUUUUCUUAGAAGGUGGCGGUGGCGUCGGUGGCAAUGGAUCUAAGGAGAUUGGUGGCGUUGUUAAUGGUACUGCUGGUGGUUCAAUUGGGUUUGGUUUCUUUCUCAUUAGGAAACGUGGUUUUUAAGGUCCAGCAUAAGUUUGCCGGCCGUUUACGCAACCUUACUGAAUUUAAAGCCCAUGAUGCUCGCCGUCACAGCCGCCUUCUCUCCUCUGUUGACCUUCCUUUAGGUGGCAAUGGUCAUCCUGCUGAAACUGGCCUUUACUUCGCCAAGAUUGGGCUUGGCAAUCCAUCGAAGGACUAUUUUGUUCAAGUGGAUACUGGGAGCGAUAUUCUAUGGGUGAAUUGCAUCGGCUGUGACAAGUGUCCCACAAAAAGUGACCUUGGUAUAAAAUUGACACUGUAUGAUCCAGCCAGCUCUGUGUCUGCAACAAGGAUUUCUUGUGAUGACGAUUUCUGUACUUCCACAUACAAUGGCUUACUUCCUGAUUGCAAAAAAGAAUUGCCCUGCCAAUACAAUGUCGUUUAUGGGGAUGGAAGCUCAACUGCUGGAUACUUUGUGAGGGACGCGGUGCAGUUUGAGCGAGUCACUGGAAACCAACAAACGGCAUUAUCAAAUGGGACUGUUACAUUUGGGUGUGGAGCUCAACAAUCUGGGGGAUUAGGUACAUCAGGUGAAGCACUUGAUGGAAUACUUGGGUUCGGGCAAGCAAAUUCAUCUAUGAUUUCACAACUUGCUUCAGCUGGAAAAGUUAAAAGAGCUUUUGCGCAUUGCCUGGAUAAUGUAAAUGGAGGUGGAAUCUUUGCCAUUGGGGAAGUGGUCUCACCGAAAGUGAAUACAACUCCUAUGGUACCAAAUCAGGCACAUUACAAUGUUUAUAUGAAGGAAAUUGAGGUGGGUGAUACAGUUCUAGAACUCCCAACAGAUGUAUUUGAUUCCGGAGAUCGGAGAGGAACAAUAAUAGAUAGUGGUACUACUUUGGCCUAUCUUCCAGAGGUGGUUUAUGAUUCAAUGAUGAAUGAGAUCAGGAGUCAGCAGCCUGGUUUGAGUUUACAUACCGUCGAGGAGCAAUUUAUCUGUUUUAAGUACAGUGGAAAUGUUGAUGAUGGAUUUCCAGACAUCAAGUUUCACUUCAGAGAUUCACUUACUUUGACAGUGUUUCCCCAUGACUAUUUGUUCCAAAUUAGUGAAGAUAUUUGGUGUUUUGGGUGGCAGAACGGUGGGAUGCAGUCAAAGGAUGGGAGGGAUAUGACUCUUUUAGGAGAUUUGGUGCUUUCUAAUAAACUUGUAUUAUAUGAUAUCGAAAAUCAGGCCAUUGGAUGGACAGAGUACAACUGCUCUUCAAGCAUCAAAGUGAAGGAUGAUAAAUCUGGAUCAGUGUAUUCUGUUGGUGCUGAGAAUAUUUCGUCGGCAUCUCCCGUUCUAAGCGGAAGAAUUGUAACGUUUUUGUUAUUACUAUUUGCUAUGCUGCAUAGAUUUACAUGAUGAUAAGUGCAACAAUUGGAACAACAUUCUUUGCUUUUGUUGUGUACUAUAAUGUAAUCAAAAAACCCGUGCUGGGUAUAGUUCAUUCUUGAA